CUAAUAAUCUCUUCUGAAUGUGCUCGUUGUUUAGAAAACCCUAAUCUGAUUCAAUUCCAGCAUGGCUCAAAAACAAAAGCUGCGCCCUUCUCCUCUGGACGAGCCACCCACCGCUUCCUCUUCCGAUUCCGAGGAAGAAGAGGAGCAACAACAACAACAACCAUCCUCUCAGCAACACGAAGAAGAGGAAGAAGAAGUUUCCUCCGGAGAAGAAGAGGAAGCUUCCUCCGAAGAAGAGGAAGACGAAAAUCUCCCCCCACCACCCAUCUCCAAAAACCCUCCACCCCCUCCUCCCUCAAACCCUCAGCCCCAACCCACUUCCUCCGAAUCCGAAACCGAAUCGGGUUCCGAAACCGAAUCAGAACCCCACCCCACUCCCGUUAAGGUCAAACCCCUAGCCUCCAAGCCCAUGGACCAGGCCCAAAAGCCCAAAGCUCAACCCUCCCCGGCGCCGCCGCCGCCAAAAUCGGCAUCCAAGCGCCCCGCCGAGAACAACAACAACAACGCCCGUGUCGCCGACCCCAAACGCGCGAAGAAAAAAGCCACCGAAUCUUCUUCUGCCGCCGCCAUCUCCGACGACGAGAUGGAGGAGGACGGGAAGAAGUCCGGCGAUAACUCGAAGAAGUUUCAGAGACUGUGGAGCGAGGAGGACGAACUCGCCAUUCUGAAGGGCGUGGUUGAGUUCACAUCGAAAACAGGGCUGGACCCUCUUAAGUUCCCCAAUGCCAACGCUUUCCACGAUUUCAUGAAGAAGUCGCUUCACGUGGAAUUUUCCAGCAACCAGCUGAAGGAGAAGCUCCGAAGGCUCAAGAAGAAGUUUGAGACCCAGGCAGGAAAAGGGAAGAAUGGAGAUGCCCCUAAGUUUUCCAAACCGCACGAUCAGAAAUUCUUUGAAUUGUCCAAAAAGGCUUGGGGAAGUGAGGAUGGUGGUGUAGCCAAUGGCUCCGUGGAGAAGCCCAAGUCCAAUGGGAAUGCUGCCAAGAGUCCGAAUCCGAAGAAGAAGGAAUCCGGUAGCAGGAAUGUGGCUUCUGCUAAGAAACCGAAGCCUGAAACAAAUCCGGAGCCGGCGCCGGUGCCGUCCUUGGAGUUUAAGGAGUCUGAAAGGAUGGAGAUUGAUCAAAAGCCUGAUGGUGGUGAUGCAUGUUUGUUUUUGAGCGAAUUGGUUCGAUACAAAGAGGGUGCCAAUGUUUCUAGGCUGGAUGAGGAUGAUGUGAAGAGGGGGUUGGAGUUGAUUGAGGAAUCAAAGAGGGCAGAGUUGAGGGGGAAGUGGAAGAAAUUACAUCAUGCUGAGAUGGAACUGUUUGCGAAUCGCUCAGAACUGAUUGGGGAGCAGACUAAGUUGAUACUCGAGGCGCUUCGGUCAUCCAAUCAUUAGGAUUCUCAAUUUUGUUUGGCGGCCUUUUCGGUACUCUGGGCCAUAUAUUUUGUGAUCUAUCCUCUAUGCAUUGUAACCUUGUGGUUAUGGUAUAGUCUUUUAAUUCAGUAGCAGUAGCAGUGUUUAGUUAUUGACAUUGUCAAAAUAUCUUGCUUCAGAAGUUCCUAGGAAUUUUGUGACAAAUGUUUCUCUAUAAUUUAUAAUUUAUUUGGAAUUGGAACUUUUGUGGUAGUAUACCCUUUUGGGUUUUUAUUCUACUUCACAAGUGAUUGGUAGUAAUAUCUUACUUAGGUAUCUAAUUUAUUAGUUAAAUGA